UCAAAUGUACAUUAAGUGUCAUUCGAUGUGGUGUUGUUUCAUAUUGAAGAUAAGCAAAGCAGAGUAAUAUUCGCAUAAUUUUAUUUUAUUGUACAAAAAAGUUAAUAUAAUGAAUCGUUCGAGAAGAAAUAUUAAGAGACCACCUAAUCCAUUUUUAAAAGCUAAUAUUUUUUCAAAGUGGAGUUUUUGGUGGCUUCAUAAAAUUUUUAACAAAGGUCUGCGUGAUAAACUUGAACCUGAAGAUCUAUAUGAACACAAACCCAGUCUUGACAGUACAACAUGUACUAAUGACCUCAUAUCAUAUUGGGAAGAGGAAAAGAAGAAACCAAAACCUAGCUUGUUGCGGAUGAUAUUUCGUGUAUAUGGUUGGUCAUUUGUGCCAAUGUGUAUUCUUUACUCUAUUUUAGAAAUCUUGGUCAAUGCAUUACAACCAUUGUUCCUUGCGGAUUUAAUCUCGUACUUCUCCAAAAGCAACUCGGAUGUUUCGAAAGAGGAGGCUUACCUUUAUGCCACUGGUUUCGUUUUAUGUCACUUCUUUAACACAAUUCUUUCGCAUCCAUUUUUAUUUUACAUAUUUGAGGUGGGGCUAAGGAUUCGACUAGCCUGCUCUGGAUUGGUUUACAGAAAGUGUCUUCGGUCAUCGGUUACAGCUAAUAAUGACGAACUUAGCGGUCAAGCUAUUAUUCUCUUAUCGAAUGAUCUUCCUCAAUUUGAUUUGGCAUUUUAUGUCUUGCACGAUCUUUGGAAGGGCCCAAUUGAAGCUCCUAUAUUUGGAUACAUCAUGUACAGAGAAAUUGGUUGGGCAGCUUUUGUAGGAAUUGGUUUUUUAGCUCUGUUCAUUCCGUUACAAAUUUUGGUUGCUAAAGCAGUUGCCUACUACAGAAUUAAAACUGCAAAAAAUUCUGAUAUUCGAGUAAAGUUUAUGAAUGAGAUUGUUCAUGGAAUUCAAGUGAUCAAAAUGUAUGCUUGGGAGAAAUCAUUUGGAAGAAUUGUAGCUGCUGUACGAAAAAUUGAGUUAAAAGCUAUUAGAGGUUCAAUGAUGGUUACUGCAGCUUUACAAUGUACAUCAGUGGCAUCGAAUCUUGGUGUAUUUUUGUGUCUGGUUACAUACGUCUUCACUGGGAAUGUGAUUACUUCGAAUAAGGUUUAUAUGGUUACGACUUUCUUUACUGAAUUAGAAGAUUCGAUAUUGCACAUUUGGCCACAGGCUAUGACUACUUGGACAGAAAUUUUAGUAAUCUCUAAGAGAACAACAAAGUUUCUUUUGCAAAGUGAAAAUCUAAGUAAUGUGGACAAACAUGACAAAGAAGUUUCAAGAAAGCAAGAUCCUAACGCGUUGCGAAAGGGACUUACUGUUAGCAAUCUUCAUGCCAGUUGGGAUAAGGCAGAUAAUUCUUGUGAACAUAUUAGUGGAUGUAGUUUCCAAGUUGAAGAAAAUGAAUUCUUGGGAAUUAUCGGAAGUAUCGGUUCUGGAAAGUCAAGUUUGCUCAAUGCUAUUCUGGGUGAGCUUGCUAUCAAAUCAGGAAGUAUAGAAAUCAAUGGUAUUCUAAGUUAUUCUCCACAAGAACCAUGGAUCUUUGAGGGCAGUAUCCGAGAUAAUAUAAUUUUUAUUGAAAAAUUUGACGAGCACCGAUAUAGAGAGGUUCUUGAUGCAUGUGCUCUGCAAAGAGACAUUGAUAGUUUUCGGUUUGGGGAUUCAACAAUAAUUGGCGAACGAGGAGUAAGUUUAAGUGGUGGUCAGAAGGCUAGAAUAAGCUUAGCAAGAGCUAUUUACAAGAAAGCAGACAUAUACCUUUUGGAUAAUCCGCUAUCUGCUGUAGAUUCAUAUGUUGGAAAACAUAUUCUUGAAAAAUGCAUAUUGAAGUUUUUGGAUUCGAAAAUUCGUAUUUUAGUUACACAUCAUUUGAUACAUUUAAAGAACAGCAGUCAAGUGAUUGUGAUGGAAAAUGGAAGUAUUCAGUCUCAAGGUGAAUAUCAUACUUUGGAGAAAGGGAUUUACCAUGAAGUAGCUGAUGACGAAAAAUUGAAUAUGCAAAAAAAUGAACAAACUUCGGAGGCAAGAAGACGCAUUAAAACUGAAAUGAUUGAUGAAGGUAUUGAUAGAAAGGAAAAUAAAGUUCGGGGAUCAGUGAGAGCAUCUACAUAUUUUCAGUAUUUUCGAACUCUCGAUGAUUAUACACUUAUUUUAUGUGUGGUUCUUUUGUUUGCUGCUUCCAGAGUUACACUAUCAUAUUUGAGUAUUUUUGUGUCGAAAUGGUCAUCAUGGGAGGAAAAAUACACACUUAAUAACAUUACAAGCUCAUCUCAAGAAGAAUUUAUAGAUACUGUACUUUUUGAGAAAGAACGUAAAGAUCAAGUUAUUAUUUAUUCCACAUGGAUUCUUUUAUGUGUGAUUUUCUUCAUAAUGCAUAUUUUUGUAGUCUUUGAAGUUUGUCUUAGAAUUUCUUAUAAACUUCAUGACAGAUUGUUUAAUGGAGUUACGAGGACUUUUAUGUAUUUCUUCAAUACCAAUCCAUCUGGAAGAAUAGUCAAUCGAUUUUCGAAUGAUAUGAAUAUUGUUGAUCGUCAGAUGCCGCAAAAGUUGUUGGAUGUUUUAUCGUUCAUAUCACUGGCUAUCUCUGUGAUUGUGGUAGUGUCCAUGGCAAACUAUUGGCUUUUUAUCCCAGCUCUAAUUUUAGUUAUCUUUCUUUAUUUCGGUCGAAAAUAUUAUAUCGGAGCAAGUAGAAGUCUUAAAAGAAUGGAAAGCAUGUCCCGCAGUCCAGUAUACUCCCACACAAAUCAAACCUUUCACGGCUUGACCACUAUUCGAGCAAUGAAUGCCACACAAAUUGUCGAAGCUGAAUAUCAUAGUUUUCAAAAUGCCAAUACUUCAGCUUGGUAUCUGUUUACAGCAACUAAUCGUGCUUUUGCCUUAUGGACAGAUUUAGUCUGUGUUCUUUUCACCUGUACAGUGACUUUUAGCUUUCUUGUGCUGAACUCUAGUUUUGAAAGUGGACAUGUUGGCUUAGCGAUUUCACAAUCUAUGUCUUUGGUGGUUGUGUGUCAAACAGGAAUACGACAAACUGCUGAGUUAGAAAAUCAGAUGACUAGUGUUGAGCGUAUAAUGGAAUACGCCGACUUAGCUUCGGAGGCUGCUUUGGAAUCUAAACCAAUACAUAAACCUGAUGAUGCAUGGCCACAAGAAGGUCGUAUAGAUUUUAUCGAUGCAAAGUUAAAAUAUGCCAAAGAUGGGGAAUACGUUCUAAAAGGACUGAAUUUUACUAUCAAUCCGCGAGAGAAGCUUGGAAUUGUUGGUAGAACGGGAGCUGGAAAAUCUUCAAUUGCUCAAGCUUUAUUCCGACUGGCAUACACAGAAGGUACCAUUAAAAUUGAUGGACACGAUGUUGGACAGUUGGGAUUGCAUGAUCUGAGGAGUAGAAUCUCAAUAAUUCCACAGGAUCCGGUGUUAUUUUCCGGAACAAUUCGUUACAAUCUGGAUCCAUUUGAGGAAAAAACCGAAGAAGACAUGUGGCAUGCUUUAGCAGCGGUAGAGAUGAAGAACUACAUAUCGUCUCUAGAAGGUGGGCUAAAUUUUAUUGUUCGUGAUGGAGGGUCUAACUUCAGAAUAGGCCAGAGACAGCUUAUCUGUUUAGCAAGAGCAAUUUUGAGGAGCAACCAAAUUCUUAUUUUGGACGAGGCAACAGCUAAUGUGGAUCCGAAAACCGAUGAACUUAUUCAAGGAGCUAUUCUUGCUAAAUUCACUGACUGUACAGUUCUUACAAUUGCUCAUCGUUUGAAUACAAUAAUGGGAAGUGAUCGAGUGUUAGUAAUGGAUGGAGGAAAAGUUGUUGAACUUGGUCACGCUCAUGAGUUGUUACAGAACAGCAACGGGCAUUUCUACAAUUUGGUUGAGCAAACUGGUUUUACAACAUCAAAAUCCUUACGAGAGUUGGCAAAGGACAAUUACAAAUAAUUAUAUAUUGUUAACUGAUUCAAAAUAAAAGUUAUGUAUUAGAUAGUGUAAGUGGCCAUUGGCCAACAUAUUUGUAUAAGAUAUUUUCUAAUUAAUGAAUUUUAAAAUACAUUCCUGCUUAAAAUUAACGCACACCUUUACACUUUAGAAGAGUUGUAUUAUGUAUACGUGUAUUGUAUACGUAGUAUCUUUUUUAAAAUGACUUUUAAAGUCUAGUGCGAUUUUUUUGUGUGUUUCUAUAUUUUAGAGCAAAUCUAACAGCAAGAGUAUUACCAAAAAAAAAUAAAAAUACAAACAAUAUU